AUGGCUAGCGAUACUCUGGCGCAAAAGGACUCUCCGAUUAUUAUUGUUGGAGCAGGUGUAUUUGGCCUUAGCAGCGCGAUUCAUCUAGCGCAGCGAGGAUUCAGCAAUGUGACUGUUUUCGACAAACAGCCGUACCAUGAGACUCUGUAUGACUUUGAGAAUGGGUGCGAUGCUGCGUCGGCUGACUGCAAUAAAAUCAUCCGCGCUGCAUACGGCGACGAAACCUGGUACCAGAAUCUAACACUCAAUGCGAUCCAACAAUGGAACACCUGGAAUCAAUCCCUAGCUCAAGGCCAAAAGCUACCCCCGGGAAUGACCACAAACGAUCGUAUUUACGUGAACUGCGGCAAUUACCACAUUGGCGACGAGGGUCCUAAUCCAUUUGAGCAGCGCUCGAUCGCGAACCUUACCAAGGCUGGACUGGGCCAUACGCAGUACCUUUUCCAUGAUUCUGAGGAAGUGGGAAGAGCCAAAUCAGACGGACGUGGGCAUGCAGUUGACCCAUUUCAUCUAUCGAAAGAGGGGGAGGGAUAUCAAGGCUACUUUGAUGCCGUGGGCGGGUUUGUAUACGCCGACAAGGCAUGUCGCUAUGCCUUGCAUCUAGCGCAAGAACUGGGCGUCAAGUUCAUCCUCGACAAACAAAAAGGCCUCUUUGGGCGCUUCUACGAACCCAGCGGAGCCGUCCAGGGGAUAGUCACAUCGGACGGCGCAAUCCACAAAGCCGCCUUAACCAUCAUCGCCUGCGGCGGCUGGUCACCCAGCGUCCUACCCGAGCUCGAUGGCCUCUGUGAGACCACAGCAGGAUCAGUCGCAACGAUCCAAAUCCCAGCAAACAAUCCGCGUCUCCGACAGCGCUUCUCACCUGAGAACUUUCCCGUGUGGCAAUAUAAAGUCCGCGCGGGAGCAAACGGUAACCUCUACGGCUUCCCUAUCGACGAGAAGGGUGUGAUGAAGCUCGGAUAUCGCGGAACGAAGUAUACGAACCCGCAAGUCCAACCUACCGGUGCUGUCCGUAGCGUGCCUAUUACCCGAUGGACUGCACCAGAAACCAUCACCGGUCUUCCUGAGAAAUCUGUGCAAGUCAUCCGCACGUUCUUGGAUACGUAUCUCCCAGAGCUGCGAGAGAAUGGACUACAUGUUACCGGAACCCGCUUGUGCUGGUACACUGACUCGUUUGAUAACCAGUUCGUGGUGGACGCGGUGCCGGGAAAGGCCGGUGUUAUGAUAGCCACAGGAGGAAGUGGCCAUGCGUUUAAGUUCCUCCCGGUGCUAGGAAGCUUCGUCGCUGAUCGCAUCGAAGGCGGUGCCAAGAGUGCCGUUGGAAAAGAAAUGUUGCAACGGUGGCAAUGGCGAAGUCUCCAGGGUGGCGAGAAGCCAACAAAUGCCAUUAUGAAAGGAUUAGAUGAUCCCAACGCACUACAGCGAGUGCAUCUAUUGUAUGAUCUGAGCGAUAAAGCCAAGCUAUAG